UGUAGUUGCACUUACGAUGAAAAGUCGUGUAAGAGAAGGGACAACGUCAAAAAGUAAGAGAGAGAGUGAGAGAAACAUUAGAAGUGUGAUGAGAUGUAACGAAGUAGAUGUGAAAAUAUUGCAACCCAUUAAAAGAAAAUGCUUCUGUGAAACUGACACAGUGAUACUCCAUCAGAGAGGGAGAGGAAUCAGCAUGUGUGUGAGUGAUGGUGGGAAACGAAGGAACUUCUAUAGUACACACUCUUACCAUUGCAUUGUAUGGUUUUGUUACAUCUUUUCUUUUUCAGAUCAUGGCUCGUUAAAGUUGUGCCCAUUUUAACUCUUCUUAUUAUUAUUAUAUAUUCCUAAUCCUACUGACCAAAAAUGAAGCUUCAUCCUCUGCCCUUUCGGUUUCUGUUCAGCGAAAAAACGGAACUUUGACGCUACGUCACACACGUUUUGGAUUGUACUAAGAUCUACUGGGUUUUCACUAAAAGUUUUAAAAGUGAGGAAUGGGAGCUAUUGGUGGAGAAGAGCUAGUGAAAUGGGAGAAGAUGGAAGGAGUGGGUGGCCAUGAAGAGAAGAUUCUCGUGUUAGUGAGGCUGAGGCCUUUGAGUGAGAGGGAAAUUGCUGCGAAUGAAGUAGCAGACUGGGAAUGUAUCAAUGACACCACUAUCUUAUAUCGGAACACCCUUCGCGAAGGUUCUUCAUUUCCAAGUGCCUACACCUUUGACAGAGUAUUUCGGGGUGACAGCACCACAAAACAGGUAUAUGAGGAUGGGGCCAAAGAAAUUGCUCUUUCAGUUGUUGGUGGAAUUAACUCAAGUAUUUUUGCAUACGGGCAAACCAGUAGUGGAAAGACAUACACGAUGAUUGGAAUAACCGAGUAUGCUGUAGCUGAUAUUUUUGACUAUAUAAAUAAGCAUGAAGAAAGAGCAUUUGUAUUGAAGUUCUCGGCUAUUGAAAUUUACAACGAAAUUAUUAGAGACCUACUUAGCUCUGAGAACACUCCACUUAGGCUGCGUGAUGAUCCUGAGAGAGGACCUAUUGUAGAGAAACUGACAGAGGAAACUCUACGAGACUGGGUGCAUUUGAAAGAGCUUCUAUCAUUCUGUGAAGCGCAAAGACAGGUAGGAGAGACAUACCUCAAUGAUAAGAGUUCUCGAUCUCAUCAAAUUAUCAGACUGACAAUUGAAAGUUCUGCCAGAGAAUUCUUGGGUAAAAGCAACUCAACCACCCUUGCAGCUAGUGUGAAUUUUGUUGAUUUGGCAGGGAGUGAGCGUGCAUCUCAGGCAUUAUCAGCUGGGUCCAGAUUGAAAGAAGGUUGUCACAUAAACCGGAGUUUACUCACCCUUGGAACAGUCAUUCGUAAACUUUGUAAGGGAAAACAAGGACACAUCAAUUACAGAGAUUCUAAGUUGACACGCAUACUGCAGCCUUCCUUGGGUGGCAAUGCAAGAACAGCCAUCAUUUGCACUUUAAGCCCUGCGCGGAGCCAUGUUGAGCAAACUAGAAACACACUUCUUUUUGCUUGUUGUGCAAAAGAAGUUACCUCUAAAGCGCAGGUUAAUGUAGUGAUGUCUGAUAAGGCCUUGGUCAAGCAGCUGCAAAAAGAGGUGGCCAGAUUAGAGAGUGAGUUGAGAACUCCUGGUCCUCCUGCCACAAAUUGUGAUUGUGCAGCAAUGUUGAGAAAGAAAAAUCUCCAGAUAGAAAAGAUGGAGCAGGAGAUUAGGGAGCUAAUUAAGCAAUGUGAUCUUGCUCAAUCUCGGGUCGAGGAUUUACUGCACAUGGUUGGAAAUGUUCAGAAAUCUAAAAGGGAAAGGGUGGAUACCUGGGAAGAUGACGAUUCAAUAUCAGAGUCAUCAAGCAUUUAUCGUCCUGAUUCACGCAAUAGAGAAUUCAACAAUCCUCACUAUAACAAUGAAGACAGUGAAAGUAAUCCUGAUAAAUACCCUUAUGAAUACUGCAAAGAAGUUCAAUGUGUUGAAUUAAGUAGAGAUGACUCAGAACAUCCUGAUCCAUCAGUAAGUGACAAUGGGGUGCUGGCAUUGCCCUUACAUGCAGAGGAAAAUGGAACAAGUCAAGAAACAUCAACUCCUAUGAAUGAAGAUAGGGAAGUGAUACAGAACCAAGACAAUGCAACUUAUGGGGAUGCACAGUUGAGUAUUGAUUCUCUUGAAUGUUCUUAUCCUGAAGAACAAUCUAGACAGGCUAUGGAACCAACAGUAUCAAAUAUUAGGAAUCUUAAAUUAACAAGGAGCUGGAGUUGUAGGGAACAUUACCUGACUGGUUCUCCUCAGAAAGUGGGAGAAAUGGAGAGGACUCCAGCCAGUAGUUUUGAAAAAUGCUUCACUGGAAGACCAGGUGGAUUGCAGAGAAAGUUCCUCCCAUUAACUUAUGGUGCUUCCGCAAAAUUGUCAACGAAUGGUGGUUCUCCGUCUUCUAUUGGAAGUCCUUCUGGAGAUGAGUUAAGAACCAACAGCAUAAGAACAUCUACAAAUGAGGAUGUUACUAGCAUCCAAACUUUUGUUGCUGGGAUGAAGGAAAUGGUCAAACUUGAGUAUGAGAAGCAGCUUCUUGAUGGUCAGGAUCAGCUGGGAGAGACAACGGCUUUUAAAUUUGAGAAGAAUAUGAAGGAUGUAGGUGUGGAUCCAGUGCUAGAAGCACCUGAAUCUCCUGUAGAUUGGGCUUCGCAAUUCAAGCAGCAGCAAAAAGAGAUAGUUGAACUGUGGCAAACUUGCAGUGUAUCAUUGUUUCACAGGACCUACUUCUUUCUUUUGUUCAGGGGUGAUCCUACAGACUCCAUUUACAUGGAGGUGGAGCUUAGAAGACUAUAUUUCCUCAAAGAAACAUUGCUCAAUGGAUCUUCAAGUGUGAAGGGUCUUGGUCGGGAGAGAGAGAUGCUGGUGAAGCUUAUGCAGAAAAGUCUAUCAGAGGAGGAGAGGCAGAAUCUCUUCAAGCAGUGGGGCAUUGCAUUGGAUUCAAAGCGCAGGAGGAAGCAGCUGGUGAAGCGCUUAUGGAGCAAUACUGAUAUGAACCAUGUCAUGGAGAGUGCUUCAGUUGUUUCAAAAUUAGUGAGGUUUACAGGGCAGGGUAUGGCCCUUAAGGAGAUGUUUGGCCUCAGCUUCACUCCCCAUCGAAUGUCAUAUUCCCGGAGAAAUAGCAUCAGCAAGGCCUCUCUUUCUUUCUUGUAAAUCUUCAGACCAAUUAUAUAAUUUCACUGCUUACCUUAAUGGAAAUAGAACAAUUGCCUUUCUGAUUUUGGUGUACUUACCACUACUGCUUAAGCUUAAUCAAUGUUACCUUACUUCCUCUGCAUUUUUGCUCUUCCAACUUUAUAGUAGAUUCUUGUAAUCAUUAUCCUUCAAUCACUCUUGGCACAACAUGACGUGAGUGGAGUUCAAAU